CUUUAUUACAUUUUUUUAUUCUUCAUUAUGAAUUUUAUAUUAUAUGAUAAAGAAAGCAAUCCUCUCAACAAAGUCUAAGCACAACCAUUUAGCUUUGGUGGUUAGAAGUGGAUGUUGCAUUCAAUGGAAGUUUCAUAACUUAAUUCUAUAAUAUCCUUAUCUUUUUCCUUAGUUUGAUUGGAAAACAAACAGAUGGAUAGGUUCUUUUCUUUGAUUGUGGAGAUCUCUUAUACUUGUGCAUCUCUUGUGCAAGUUGUUUUGGCAUCUGAAAUUAAUGCCUUGUUGUACAGGUUUCUUUUAAUAUUCUUUGUUUUUUGUUCAUAUAUUUUUGUAUUUUGAUGCAUCAUACAUAUGUGUAUAUAUGUUAGAAGGUUGGAUAGUUUUGAGAAGAAAUCUACGAGGAACUGUUUAUUUAUCAGUUUGGUUUUUGAGAAAAUGGAGUAUCUUGUAUUGCUUCAGAAUGGUCUCGUUGUUUUGUUUACUAUUGCUAUCUCUUGGAAGCUUAUUACAUACAUGUGGGGCUCCUUGAAGAUGGAGAAGGAACCAAUGAAAGUAUUGGUCACUGGUGCUGCAGGGCAAAUAGGUUAUGCCAUUGCUCCAAUGAUUGCAAGGGGAAUCAUGCUGGGUCCUGAUCAGCCUGUGAUUCUGCACUUGCUUGAUAUCGCACCGGCAGCUGAAGCCUUGAAUGGGGUAAAAAUGGAAUUGCUUGAUGCUGCCUUCCCUCUUCUGAAAGAGGUGCAUGCUACCACGGACGUCACUGAAGCUUGUAAAGACGUCAAUAUUGCUAUUAUGCUUGGUGGAUUCCCCCGGAAGGAAGGUAUGGAAAGGAAGGAUAUGAUGUCUAAGAAUGUGCCUAUUUACAAGGAACAGGCUUCGGCCUUGGAGGAGCAUGCUGCUUCGGAUUGCAAGGUGCUAGUUGUUGCCAACCCUGCAAACACCAAUGCUCUCAUCUUGAAAGAAUUUGCUCCUUCAAUCCCAAAGGAAAAUAUCACGUGCCUAACACGACUUGAUCAUAACAGAGCAUUAAGUCAAAUAGCUGAGAGAUUGAAGGUUUAUGUUACUGAUGUCAAGAACGUAAUCAUCUGGGGCAAUCACUCUUCAACUCAAUAUCCAGAUGCCAAUCAUGCGAUUGUCACCACCACAAAUGGAGAGAGACUAGUCAAAGAACUUGAUAUUGACGAUCAUUGGUUAAAAAACGAGUUCAUCAACACUGUACAGCAGCGUGGCGCAGCCAUUAUCAAGGCUCGGAAAGCAUCAAGUGCAUUGUCUGCUGCAAGUGCUGCUUGUGAUCAUAUGCAUGAUUGGGUUCUCGGGACUCCCAAGGGAACGUGGGUUUCCAUGGGAGUGUAUUCUGAUGGUUCUUAUGGGAUCCCAAAGGAUAUUAUUUACUCUUUUCCUGUUAAAUGUGAGAAAGGAAAAUGGUCAAUUGUGAAUGGGCUCAAGAUCGAUGAGUUCUCAAGGGCAAAGAUGGAUGUAACUGCAAAAGACCUCAUUGACGAAAAAGAAGUUGCCCAUUCAUGCCUCAACUAACAAGGAACCCAUCUUCCCUUGGAGAAUAAUGAAGAAGACUUGAUAAUGCAUGUAAAGAAAAAAGGGAUUUCCAAUUUCCAUCCUAACUUUAUGUAAAAAAUUUAUUAGUCACUUAUAUGCUUUGGAACAAUGACAGAACAAGAUAUGUCCUGAGUUGUCUUA